CCAUCACAACCGACAACACCAUCACCAUCACAACCAACCACAUCAUCACCUGCACCAUCUUCAUCAACACCAUCACAACCGACAACAUCAUCACAACCAACAACACCAUCACCAUCACAAUCACCAUCCCAACCAACAACACCAUCACAACCAACAACACCAUCACCAUCACAACCAACAACACCAUCACCAUCAAAACCAACAACACCAUCACAACCAACAACACCAUCACCAUCACAACCAACAACACCAUCGCAACAAACAACACCAUCACAACCAACAACACCAUCACCAUCACAA